AUGGGUACUGAAACUCACAAAGACGAUCGAAACACCCCGGAGUAUUUGGCGCAGUUACUUAAAGACAAAAAACAGAUUCAAGCGCUACCAAAUGUGUUUAUUCACGCGGAGAAAAUACUUGAUGAAGAAAUUAACCGUGUCCGACUGGGUCUGUUUCAUCAUCAAGGCAAACGUGAAAUGUUGGACCUCCCUGACCCCGCCGGUCCCGUUGUACAACUUCAGACCAAACUGUUUGUGCCGGUCAAAGAACAUCCCGAUUUCAACUUUGUCGGCCGGAUAUUGGGUCCACGAGGGAUGACAGCCAAGGAGUUGGAACAGUUUACUGGCUGCAAGAUUAUGGUUCGUGGUAAAGGAUCCAUGCGAGACAAAGGAAAAGAAGAUCAGAACCGUGGCAAGGCCAACUGGGAACACUUACACGAGGAGCUGCACGUGCUCAUCACGGUCGAGGACACACAGAGCAGGGCUGAGGUCAAACUACAGAAGGCCAAGGAUGAAGUUAUGAAGCUACUGGUGCCAGCGCCUGAUGGAGAAGAUGAUCUCAAGAAACGGCAGCUGAUGGAACUGGCAAUCAUGAACGGCACCUACAGGGACACCAAAAUAUUUCACCCCCAUCUAACACAAAGCCACCUUCAGCUGGGUGGCCUUCCCAUGUUCCUCCCACCAGCUCCACCGGGUCACAUGGCUCUACACACUCGGGCACAGUUCCAGCAUCUGGUUCCAAUGAAUGGUCCCAACUCUAUAUCUGAUGAUCCAGCUCGCUAUCUUGCUCAGCCACUAACCUUCCAGAUGCGAGCUCCAGGGCCGGGUACACAGAUCAUCCUGGCACCCCGACUACCUCCACCACCUUCUCAAGUUGUGACCAGCCAGGCCAGUAUGAACGGAGGACCACCACCACUAGUUUCUCCCCCUGGCGAUCACCCAGGCCUCAUCUAUAACCCUUACAGCACCAUGAACACUAUCACCUCAGUCAGCUCAGCAAUGCCUUCACAUCUGGACCCCUAUGGGUUUUCAGCAAACACUCCCUCAAUCAUUGAAUACCAAGCUCAUAUGGAUCAAACCCACACUG